AUGGCUUCUAAACUUCCAAUAACUUAUGUUCAAAAUAUUAAGUCCUUCAAAUCCAGUUGGAGGAUUCAAGUCAAAAUCCUGCACAUUUGGAAGCAUUUUGCUUUCACGUCAGGAGAAUCUAUGGAGAUGGUUUUAGUCUACAAAGAGGGUAGGAGAAUUCAUUGUUCUAUUAAGAAACAACACUUGAAGAGAUACGAGAACCAUCUACUUGUAGGAAGCUGGAAAUUCAUUGAAGAGUUCAACGUUAGCAAUUCAAUUGGACAAUACAGGACUGCUAAACAGUGUUACCGGAUUAGUUUUGUCAAAGAGACAAUUGUCUCUAAUUCUGUAACGAUGUCAGACUCUGAUUUCUUGGGCUUGGUCCGCUUCAGUCAAAUUCAUGAAGGAAUACAGAAUCAGAGCAUUUUGUGUGACGUUCUCAGCCAGAUAGUGAAUAUGGGGCAACUAUCUACGAUGCAUGUCAAUAACAAGGAGGCAAAGAAGAUUGACUUCGAACUCAGGGAUGAGCGUGAUAUGCGUCUAAGUUGUACCUUAUGGGGAACUUUUGCUGAUCAAAUCGUCCAAACCACUUCCAAUACUGAGACUGAAAAAUUACCAGAUGAUGGCUUGGCUCUUACUCUGUUGGAAAGCAAACCUAUAAAGGAAAGUGGCGAAGACCGAGGAUUACUGGAACCAGUUUCCUAUGGUCACGGUUGCUGA